AUGGCCACAAUCAAGCCCAUCGAGGGCCGCACAAUUCACCAGAUUCAAUCUGGUCAAGUCAUUGUUGAUCUGUGCUCUGUCGUCAAGGAGCUUGUGGAAAACAGCAUUGACGCCGGUGCUACGAGCAUAGAUGUACGCUUCAAGAACCAGGGACUGGAUUCCAUAGAGGUCCAGGAUAACGGCGAGGGAGUCUCACCGGACAACUACGAGUCAAUUGCCUUAAAGCACUACACUUCGAAGCUUGCAACCUACUCCGAUCUGGCUACUCUCAAGACCUUCGGUUUUCGCGGCGAAGCCUUGUCAUCGUUAUGUGCCUUGUCUCAAUUCAGCAUUGUCACCUGCAUGGCACAGGAUGUUCCCAAAGGCGCAAGACUCGAGUUCGAGUCAUCGGGGAAGCUCAAGGAAGCUCAUGUGGUCGCCGCCCAGAAGGGCACCAACGUCAUCGUCGGGAACCUGUUUCACAACCUUCCUGUACGCCGCCGCGAGCUUCAACGCAACGUCAAAAGAGAAUGGAAUAAGGUCAUCGCAUUGCUGAACCAGUAUGCUUGCAUCCAGACUGGCGUCAAGUUUUCCGUUUCCCAGCAACCUACCAAGGGAAAACGUAUAAUCCUCUUUUCUACAAAAGGCAAUCCCACCACGCGAGAGAAUCUGGUCAACAUCUUCGGCGCCAAGACGAUGACGGUUCUGGUGAAACUCGAUCUCUCCCUCCAGUUUGAGCCCACCGCUAGGCCGGGCUUGAAAUCCACUAAUCAAGACGAGAAAACUUCCACAAAGGUCCAAGUCCAGGGUUACGUGAGUCGUCCAGCCCACGGAGAGGGCCGUCAGACCCCUGAUCGACAAAUGUUCUUCGUCAAUGGCAGACCAUGCGGCCUUCCUCAGUUCGCCAAGGUCUUCAAUGAGGUCUACAGGGCUUACAAUGCCUCCCAGUCGCCCUUCAUACUGGCUGAUAUCCAGCUUGAUACGCACUUAUAUGAUGUCAACGUCAGUCCGGAUAAGCGCACGAUCAUGCUGCAUGAUCAGAAUCGCAUGUUGGAGAAUAUGAAGGAGGCCUUGUCGUCCCUUUUCGAAUCCCAAGAUUACUCCAUUCCGUCCGCGCAGCAGCCAAUACAGAUAACACAGUCAGCCAGGGCGGCCCCCGUUCUCGAGAGCGACGGCUCUGACGAUGAUGAUGAACCUUCGAACCAAGCACCAGCCGCCCCGGCGAAGCAGACGAGUUCAAGUGACGAAGAUGACGUUAGCUCCGAAGACGAUGACGAACAAUCUCAUUCACGUACUAAGCAACUACGCAAACCUCGUCAGAGGAAACCCCAAAAGCUCACAACAGCAGAACUACAGUCCCAGAGCUUAAUGAGCAGGUGGGUUGGACGAGCAACCGACAGUCGUGCUUUGCAUCGGGGAAUGGAUAUAGUAUCCGAAGAGCCUGUCGCUGAAGAUAGUGGCGAGAAGGCUCCGGCUACUGAAUACGACCCUGGAACGUCCGAAUCAGAGAACGAGGCAGCGGCGGAGGCUGCCGAAAGCAUUUCUUUCAAGACGCCGCGACAGGUUCUCGACUUCAACGCUCGGCUUUCAGACGCCCAUAAAGACCACGAAGCUGAUGCUUUGGGGGAGAGUGUCUCGCAGUCUUCUAUCGAUGGCACCGAAAGUAGACAAGCCCAGAUUCCUGCUAUGAUACCUAUUAGAACACCAAGAGUUGACCCUCUCAUGGCUUCAUCUACUUCACGGCUACCUAAGCGGUCAGCCCUAGAAGUUGCAACCGUGUCUAUUGGAGAGAGUACCAUCACCAGCUCCGUAGAGCCAGCAUCGAAGAGAAUAAGACACGAGCCGACCUCAUCGCCGACGCCAAAGGCUGCUCAUUUACCAUUGAGCUCAGCCACGGCAAAAUCCUCCUUUGGCUCAAGGCUGACCCAGAUGUUCUCUGCGAGUAAUGCAGCGAGGCAGAAAGGUGUCAGCAGGGCGAGCACAGAUCUGCCACAAAACCCCAGCGAAGAUGCUGGCGCAGAGACAGAUGAUGGUAGAGAAAGCGAUGACAGCUCAGAGGAGAGGGCACCUGCGGAUGAGACCAUGGUCAGCCAGGAUGAUGAAUUUGAGUCUGCUUUCGAUAGGGCCGAAGCGUUGUCAAGUCCAACACAUAGACCCCAUGCGAACGUAUCGAGCCGUGUCAAGACCCCGGUGCCGGCCACAACGAAUGACGACAUUCUAAAGGAUGAAGCAGCGGCGCAGACUAUGCUCGCAGAUGCUCGGUCGAAUGCCCUCAAAGGGGGGGGCAGGCGAAAGGACGCAACUCUACAGCAGAGGCAAAAUGUCAAGAUUGACACAAACGAUUUACAGUCUCGCAUCGAAUCUUGGCAGGCAGAGCUACGGCGCACCACCCAAAACCUAAGCCGACAGUCCAAGACCUCCGGUAUCGAGGAUCUCGAGGCCCAGGAUGCCGAAGCAGCCCUGUCCUUGAUCAUAUCAAAGUCGGACUUCGCAAAGAUGACCAUUGUCGGCCAGUUCAAUCUCGGCUUCAUCAUCGCAGUUCGACACGCGGCUCGGGACCAAAACGGUGACGCAGUCGGGGACGACGAGCUCUUCAUCAUCGACCAACAUGCGUCGGACGAAAAGUACAACUUUGAGAGACUGCAGUCCACAACGGUGGUCCAGUCUCAGAGAUUGGUGCACCCGAAGCAGCUGGAACUCACAGCGCUGGAGGAAGAGAUCGUCAUGGAAAACGUCGCGGCCCUGGACGUCAACGGCUUCAAGGUCAGCGUGGACAGCUCGGGUGACCAACCCGUGGGAGCAAGGUGCAAGCUCCUCGCGCUACCCCUCAGCCGCGAGACGACAUUCACAUUGUCCGACCUCGAGGAGCUCAUUUCUCUGCUCAGCGACCACCACCUCACCGAAGUCAGCAGUGCCCCUCGGCCGUCCAAGGUGCGGUCCAUGUUCGCAAUGAGGGCAUGCCGCAGCAGCGUCAUGAUUGGCAAGGCUCUGGCACAACGACAGAUGGAGAAGCUGGUCCGUCACAUGGGCGAGUUGGAUAAACCAUGGAACUGUCCACAUGGACGGCCGACGAUGAGGCAUCUCACCGGACUGGGUUCCUGGGACGACAUGGGAUGGAAGGAAACCGAGCCUCGGGUCGACUGGGCCAAGUACGCCCGAGCAUGA